CUUGGAUCUCCUCGUCGAUCUCCACGUCCACGUCCAAAGAAGGGUCCUUGGACCCCUCUCCUCAUCUCAUCCUCCCGUUGCCGCAUAUCAUGACCACCUGAGCGCCCAUUUCAGUCCCUGACAGCCCCCUUGACCGAGGGCCACGCCAUCAUGGACGCAGCAACCUCAUCCCCUGCUGCGCCUUCGUCUUCCUCGUCACACAUGCAAGACCCUUCCUCCUCACAUGCUACAACGACGCAAAGGGGACGCACAGGUUACGCAUACUCGGCCAUUGGCACUCUGUCCUCGGCCUUUUCCGGCUUGUGGUAUCGCGGCCCAGUCGGAGCGAGCGAGGGCGAAGACGUGGCCACCAUUCGAGGCGAGCCAAAGAUCAACGACGCAGCACCAGCUCAUUCAGCUACAACUGCCAGCAAUGGUGGUCCAUCGUCGUCGUCAUACGCUUUUCCAGGUGGUUGGGCCACAGGCUACUUCACUCGUCCCAGCUCCAAGCCAGCGAAACCAUCCGCGGCCGCUGCGGUUGAGUCUCCGUCUGGUCGCGCAGCGCAGCGCCAACUCCAGCGAUACGAUGAUGAGGAGGACGAGGAACACGAUAGACUGGGCGGCUCGCCAUCGCCCGCGUGGAGACAGCGAUCCAGUACCGCCAUGAAGAAGAGAGGGCCUUUGCCGUUUGACCUGCAGUCUAGCGGACACUCGAGAACAGCGAGCGUUGAUAGCAAGGGAGAGGGACAGUCGGCCUCGUCAUCUCCUCGCCCGGCCCCGUUGCAUACGCAGGCAAGCGACCGCUCUGCUGUAGCUACAUUGACGAGGCUCAAGGCGCAGAGCUCGAGAACUAGCCUACGCAGCACCUUCGACGCAGGUGGCAGAUAUGAAGCUCCCUCGAGCUCUGCAUCGGCUUCGUCGUGGUUCUUCUCGCAACAUGGCGGCGAUCAUGACGCCGCUUCCUCUUCAGCUUUCACUCCCUCAUCCUCCUCAACACCAGCCGCGACUGACGCCGCUGCUGCGUCCAUUCGACCAGGCGCACCUCCCCCGACCGAUUGGCGCGAAGCCCUGGCUCGUACCACUCUCCUGGACAGCUAUGUCCAGUCCAUUGUCUACCAAUCAGGCAUCGAUGAGUCGCAACGGCCCAUAGUCAUCCUCUCCUCCUCAUCACUUCCCGACGCAAAGCUGGUCGACUAUGACGCUCUCCUCACCCGCAUCAUGGACACAAUGGAGCUCUUCGUUCAGAAUGACUAUACCGUCGUCUUCUUCGCCGGUGGGGCGACUCAUCGUCCGCCCUGGAACUGGAUCUGGUCCGCAUAUAAACGACUCUCUCGCGAUUUUCGCAAGAACAUUCGACGGCUCUACAUCUGCCACCCGACCUUCUUCACGCGGAGCCUCGUGCAGAUCGUCUCUACCGGGUCGGCGGUACUCAGCCCCAAAUUCGCAAGGAAGAUUACCGUCGUCAAAACGCUCAGUGAGCUUGCAAAGCACGUGGAUCUGACGCAGAUGGACGUACCGCCGCAUGUCUAUGAGUGGAAUUUGCGAUACGAGAAGGAGGUGGUUGUGCCCGAGAAGCGGGCGAGUGCGGCGGCUUCAACACCGCAACCAGCAACAUCACUGUCUCCGUCAGCCGGCGUCUUCGGCGUCCCGCUCACCUCCUUGAUGGGGGAGCGAGGCGAGCUAGGCGGCAUACCUCGCGUGGUGCGAGACUGUGUGGAAGACCUCCUCCGGCUGAACGGUCGUGCCUUGGACUCCGAGGGCCUCUUCCGUAAGAGCCCCUCAUCAUCCCUCUUGCGGCUCGUCCAAGCAGCCUAUGACCGUGGGCAACCAGUCAGCCUGGAGAAGUACGAUGAUCCACACAUGGCUGCCGCGCUCCUCAAGCUCUUCUUUCGAAGUCUGCCAGAGCCGAUCUUUCCGGCUAGCACGUACGCAACGGUGAGGAGCCAGUGUCCCCCGAUUCCAGCAGAUGGUGGCGACGGCGAAAAGAUGCACGAAGUCAUCGCUUGGAUCCGGGCAUCCCUCAUUCCACUCAUCGAGCCAUCGAGCAAGCUACUCCUCUUCUCCUACGUGGUCGAUGUACUGCAUAAGGCUAGUCUCCGGGCCCACGUAAGCAAGAUGGACGCCAACAACCUCGCGACAGUUUGGGCGCCCAACUUUGUGAGGAGCAACGACGCCAUCAAGGAUAUGAGCAUGUGCCUUGUUGCGGCUGGAGCGGCUGGCGGACAGGAAAGCCAAGCGACCUUGGGCACCAUCAUCAAGAUCUGCAUCGAGCGCUACUACGAAAUUUUCGAGUUCGAUUAUCAUGACUAUGAGCCGCCCACCACCUGCGAUCUCUUUUUCACGGCGGCCUCCUCCUCCUCCCCACCACGGCAGCCUCCGACCAUGGAUGACACAGGGUCAGCCACAAUACCGCAGAGCCCGCGGAGGGCGAUGGCGGGAGGCGAUGGCGGGCAGUGGACUGCAGCAGAGUCGUCAGCGGUGGGGAAAAAAGGCCCUCCCGUUGCUCUUCGAUCGCCCGCCUCGUUUUUGUCGGCAGCAUCUCGUCGCUCCUCGGCCACACGAGCUCCUCCACCGCCAAGUGCAUGGUCAGGGCACAACCCCCGCUUCGUAUCCGCAAAUGGUGGGCGGGCUUCCCUCUCAUCGUCUUCAUCGCCUCUUGACGCCGAGCAGCACGGACAAUCCCCAAAAGUAGCGGCAGCAGCACGUCUGCGAUCCCCGGCCUCCUCCUCCUCACUUCGCCCUAGUAGCCCAAAGACAACAACUCUCCUCUCUCCGACCUCUCCGCGGCGCCCUUCCGUCCCUCCAUCACCCGCCGCGUCUGGACGAAUGCGGUCCCCCUCCUCAUCGAUGCAUUCGAGCUUCAGUGGAGCGCAAGGAGGCCUCGGUCUGGCGUUGGCUGGGGGCAGACAGCAUUCAGGGCUGGGCAACCCAUUGGGUGUGGGCAAGGGACGAAGCGCCUCCGGCUCGCUGAGGCUGAUCUCUUCCAGCGCCAAAUUGCGCGGUGCCAGCUCUCGCCUACCUUCCAGCUCGGUCGUAGCGAGCCCGACUACGAGCACAGCGAGCGGUGGUGGGAGCGCUGGGCUAGGAAGUGCUUUCUCUUCUCUUGCUGGCAGCAGUGAAACGCCUUCGUCGGGCGAGGUGACACCGUCCUCCAACCAGACGACUACGCCGAGCAGUGCCCUCCUCUUCGCCCCGCCAAGUGGAGCAGCACUGACGGGAGCGGAGGCGUUGGGAGCCUUCUUCGUCAACAACAAAGACGAGGAUGGCGCUCUUGCUGGCUCUGGCGAAGGAGGGUCAACGAGUCACGACGGGGGCGAGGAGCAAAGCGAAGAGCUGGCAGACGAGUGUGGCGAAGGAGAGGAAGAUGGCGACGGUGAGGCAGAGGGAGACCAGACUUUCCUUAGUACAGCGGAGACCCUCUCCCCUCCACGGGUGAGUCCGAGCUUAAGGAGUAGCAACGAGUCGUCACCAGAGCGUGCGUGAGAUGGUCGAGGGGCGGCAGAAAGCAGCGGCGAGGGCAGGGGAUUCUUUGUUACCAUGAUCCGGUUCGCAGAUUUGUGCGUGCGCAUGCGGUGCUACAGGUGCUUCCCAAUCAAGAAACGUCAUUGUUCGCUACCCUCGAUCGAGCUCAUAAUUCAGAGAAGCUUAAAA